AUGGAUGUUCACAAUACUUUUCUUCAUGGCGAUCUUGAGGAGGAAGUGUAUAUGAAGUUGCCACCCGGUUUUAAAUGUUCUGAUCCUACUAAGGUUUGUCAUCUACGAAAGUCUUUAUACGGUCUCAAACAAGCUCCACGAUGCUGCUUUGCCAAGUUGUCUACUGCUCUUCAUCAGUUUGGUUUUACUCAGAGCUAUGCUGAUUACUCUCUCUUCACUCUCAAGCAUGGUGCCUCAGUCAUUCAUUUUCGUGUGGUCCAGAUGGAUUUUGCCUUUCUCAACGUAAGUAUGCAUUGGAUAUUCUUAAAGAAACAGCAACCAACUGUGGCUCAUUGGGAGGCUGCGCUUCGUCUUGUCAAUUAUCUCAAAGGAUCGCUCGCUCAAGGAAUCUUACUUCGGUCUGAUAGUGUCCUACAUCUUUCUGCCUACUACGACUCUGACUAUAAUGCAUGCCCUCUAACUCGUCGUUCUCUCUCGGCUUAUGUCACUUAUUUGGGCAACUAUCCUAUUUCUUGGAAAACAAAGAAACAAAAUACUGUCUCAAGUUCUUCCGUUGAAGCUGAGUAUCGAGCAAUGGGGUGCACUCUUAAGGAAAUCGUGUGGUUAAAAGCUCUUCUCCAAGAUCUUGGUGUUGCUCACACCGCUCCUGAUUGGAACUCUAGCUCUAAAAACAUUACGACGCAACGUAUUGUUUUGUCGGACAACAAUGAUAUCUCUCCCAUCGGAUCACCUACGCUAGCCGAGUUGCUAAAAGACUGCGACAGUUUCCGGAAGGAAGAUUCUGGCAACCCCGCCAGAAGCGACGAUCCAGCUCAUCACACGAUAGAUGUCGAAGCCUUACAUGUACAACCAGUACCGUUCGUAUUAGCCUUUAACAAUCUUCAAUACGAUGUCACACUUCGUCAGGGGUUUGGUUUCUCACGGAAAAGCUCCGUGAAGACUCUACUCGAUGAUGUUUCCGGUGAGGCUUGUGACGGCGAUAUUCUAGCCGUUCUUGGUGCAAGCGGAGCAGGGAAGUCCACUUUGAUCGACGCCUUAGCGGGGAGGGUUGCGGAGAGGAGCUUGAGAGGCUCAGUAACACUUAACGGAGAGAAGAUUUUGCAAUCUCGAUUGUUGAAAGUUAUAUCAGCGUAUGUGAUGCAAGACGAUCUUCUUUUUCCGAUGCUUACUGUUAGAGAAACCCUAGUUUUCGCUUCCGAGUUUCGUCUUCCAAGAGUCUUGUCCAAAGCCAAGAAGAUGGAACGUGUUGAAACCCUAAUUGACCAAUUAGGGCUCAGAAAUGCGGUGGAUACAGUGAUCGGAGAUGAAGGACACCGUGGAGUCUCUGGUGGAGAGCGACGACGUGUUUCAAUAGGAAUCGAUAUUAUCCACGAUCCAAUCGUUUUGUUUCUUGAUGAACCUACGUCCGGGCUAGAUUCCACCAACGCGUUUAUGGUGGUGCAAGUUCUUAAACGAAUAGCUAAGAGUGGCAGCAUUGUGAUUAUGUCGAUCCAUCAACCAAGUGCUCGUAUUGUAGAUUUGCUUGAUCGGCUUAUCAUCUUAUCUCGCGGCAAGAGUGUGUUCAGUGGAUCUCCAACAAGUCUUCCUCGAUUCUUCUCUGACUUCGGUCAUCCGAUUCCUGAGAAAGAGAACAUCACAGAGUUCGCACUUGAUUUGAUUCGACAAUUUGAAGGAUCCACUGAAGGAACCAAAGAGUUAGUAGAAUUCAACAAAAAGUGGGAGCAGAACAAGCUCAAACUCAGCCAAUCAGCUCGAGCCACCCCACAAACCACACCUCACCAAGGUUUAUCCUUAAAAGAAGCGAUCAAAGCGAGUGUUUCAAGAGGCAAACUAGUCUCAGGCACAUCUGGAUUCAAUCCCAUUGCCAUAGAAUCAAUAGCUUCAUAUGCCAAUCCAUCAUUUUUUGAAACACUCAUCUUAGCCAAACGGUACAUUAAAAACUGGAUCCGGAUGCCCGAACUCAUGGGAACACGGAUCGCUAUGGUUAUGGUGACCGCUAUUCUCCUAGCCACUGUGUACUGGAAUCUAGACAACACUCCAAGAGGUGCACAAGAGAGAUCGACAUUCUUUGCAUUCGUCGUGCCCACAAUGUUCUACUGUUGUUUAGACAAUAUCCCAGUUUUUAUUCAAGAACGAUACAUUUUCUUGAGAGAGACAACGCACAACGCGUACAGAACAUCUUCUUAUGUCAUAUCUCACUCUUUGGUGUCCUUGCCUCAACUAAUUGCCCCUUCCUUAGUCUUUGCCUCGAUCACAUUCUGGACCGUUGGUUUGAGCGGCGGGUUAGAAGGUUUCUUCUUUUAUUCCCUUAUAAUCUACGCCUCCUUCUGGUCUGGAUCCUCUGUCGUUACUUUCAUAUCCGGCGUUGUUCCGAAUAUCAUGAUAAGUUACAUGGUCACUAUUGCCUAUGUUGCUUAUUGUUUACUGCUGAGUGGAUUCUACGUCAAUCGAGAUCGGAUACCAUUUUAUUGGAUAUGGUUUCAUUACAUUUCACCUCUCAAGUAUCCGUACGAGGCUGUAUUAAUCAAUGAGUUUGAUGACCCGUUACGUUGCUUUGUUAAGGGAGUCCAAGUAUUCGACGGUACUCUUCUUGGAGGUGUGUCUUAUUCUAGGAAGAUAAAGCUCCUUGAAACUCUGAGUAGAUCGUUGAAAACCAAGAUAACGGAGUCCACAUGCUUGAAGACAGGGUCUAAUUUACUCGCACAACAAGGUAUUACUCAAUUGAGCAAGUGGGAUUGCUUGUGGAUCACGUUGGCUUCCGGUCUCUUCUUUAGGAUCUUGUUUUACUUCGCCUUGCUGUUUGGCAGCAGAAAUAAGAGAACGUGAAGCUAUCAUUCCCCACAAACACUUGUGUGCG